AUGGCCGCUACGAAGCACGCAAUUGUCGAGGAGGAGCCAACACGCCCCAGGAAAAAGUCCAAGCUUCGCGAUGGCGACGACGUUUCCGACAAGGCCCAGUCGAAGAAGGACAGGAAGGACAGGAAGGAUAAGGAGGACAAGAAGGACAAGAAGGACAAGACAGCAAAGAAGCGCAAGCUAGAGGAGGAUUCCAAGGCUGAUGUCGAGAAUGUCGACCCUAUCGAACCCGAAGCCCCGAGCAAGGCUGAGAAAAAGGCCAAGAAGAAGGAGAAAAAGGCAAAAAAGCUGAGAGAGGCUGAGGAGUCGCUUGAAACCAGCAACACAUGCGACGACGCCCCCCAGCAGGACAAGGCACCCGAGAAGAAGCGCCGGAACAAGGAUGAGCAGGCUUUGUUGUUGUCUGGAAACGGCAACGGCUCCGGCUCCGGCUCCGGCUCCGUCCUGGCAGGCGUCUACACCCAGACCAUGAGUCUGUCCGAAGUGCCCCAAGCCGACAUUGACGACUUUCUGGCCGCGAACCAGGUCACGAUUACCGACCCGCAAAAAAAGACGUCGGCCUUGCGGCCCGUGACCGAGUUCCGGCACCUCCCCGCGACAAACUUGCUCGAGAAGACACCCUCCCCGUUCGCCGGCUUCAAAGCACCGACGCCGAUCCAGGCUGCGUCUUGGCCGUCCACCCUCUCCGGCAGAGACGUCGUCGGCGUCGCGGAGACGGGUUCCGGCAAGACCAUGGCGUUUGCCCUGCCCUGCGUCGAGGCCGUGUCGGCCGUGGGGGAAAAGGGGACCACCAAGGCCGUCGUUGUGUCCCCUACUCGCGAGCUUGCCAUGCAGACGCACACGCAGCUGGCCUCGCUGGCCGCGCUUGCCCGGCUGAAGUGCGUCUGCCUGUUCGGCGGCUCGUCAAAGGACGAGCAGAGGGCGCUGGUGGGCCGGGGCGCCGACAUCAUUGUCGCCACCCCCGGCCGCUUGAAGGACUUCAUGUCCGACGGCACGGUGGACCUCGGCGGAUGCCGGUUCGCCGUCCUCGACGAGGCCGACCGCAUGCUCGACAAGGGCUUCGAAGACGACAUCAAGCAGAUCCUCGGCGCGUGCGCCCCGCGGGAGCGGCGCCAGACCCUCAUGUUCACCGCCACCUGGCCGCAGUCGGUGCAGGCGCUGGCCUCGACCUUUAUGGUCGACCCGGUCAAGAUCACCAUCGGUUCCGGGGGCAAGGAGACGGAAAACGGCUCCGUCGAGCUGCAGGCCAACGCGAGGAUCACGCAACGGGUCGAGGUGGUCGACCCCAAGGACAAGGAGUUUCGCCUGCUGCAGAUCCUCAAGCAGCACCAGCAGGGCAAGAGAAAGGACGACCGCAUCCUCGUCUUCUGCCUGUACAAGAAGGAGGCCACUCGCAUCGAAAACUUUCUCAGCCGCAAGGGCAUCCGGGUGGGCGGCAUCCACGGCGACCUGAAGCAGGAGCAGCGUACGCGGAGCCUGGAAGCCUUCAAGUCGGGCCAGACUCCCGUCUUGGUUGCUACCGACGUUGCUGCUCGAGGACUGGACAUUCCGCAGGUGAAGCUCGUCGUCAAUGUCACGUUCCCGUUGACAAUCGAGGACUACGUCCACCGCAUAGGUCGCACUGGACGCGCCGGCAACACUGGCGAGGCGCACACGCUGUUCACCAUCCAAGACAAGGCGCACUCUGGCUCCUUGGUGAAUAUUCUCCGGGGCGCCAACCAAGCCGUCCCCGAGGACCUGCUCAAGUUUGGCACGACGGUGAAGAAGAAGACGCACGACAUGUACGGCUCGUUCUUCAAGGACGUGGACAUGACGCAAAAGUCGACCAAGAUUACGUUUGACUAG